ACGUAACAUGGAAAUAUUCAUAUGAACUCAUUUAUCUUUCUGGUUCCACAAUCCUUUUCGGAAUUUUUAAAAAAACUUUUAAUAACUUCCAUAUUACUAGCUCUUAAUAAAUUUGUAGUUUUACUCUUUUCUCAGUUGGUUGCAAAUAAUGGUUGAGCUACAGGGUGAAAUCUUCUUCUUUCAGAGCCAGCAAUUUAUCUGAAGUUGCAAAGGUGGAGGUCUGCUAAGUGGUAGCUCACAAACAAGCUUAAUCUUGUAAGUUACAGAAAUGGCUCUGGGUCCGAUUAAGAAGGUUGUCUUAGGUUCAGUUGCCUUCGCUGUCUUUUGGAUUUUGGCAGUUUUCCCAGCAGUUCCUUUCUUACCCAUUGGAAGGACAGCAGGUUCCAUCCUCGGGGCAAUGCUUAUGGUUAUCUUCAAAGUCAUCACCCCUGAGCAAGCAUAUGAUGCCAUCAACCUCCCUGUACUGGGCCUUCUCUUUGGAACCAUGGUUGUAAGCAUCUAUCUUGAAAGAGCAGACAUGUUCAAGCACUUGGGAGUCUUGUUCUCAUGGAAGAGUCGGGGUGCGAAGGACAUGCUCUGCCGGAUCUGCAUUGUUUCUGCCAUUUCAAGUGCUCUGUUCACUAAUGACACCACCUGUGUCAUUCUCACUGAAUUCAUAUUAAAGAUUGCUAGAGAAAACAAUAUUCGACCCGAACCUUUCUUGCUUGGGCUGGCUUCAAGUUCGAAUAUUGGAUCCUCUGCAACUCCAAUCGGCAACCCUCAAAACUUGAUAAUUGCUAUUCAAAGUGGCAUCUCUUUUGGGGAAUUCGUAUUGGGACUUCUUCCCGCGGUGCUUUUGGGCGUCUUUGUAAAUGCUUUAAAUCUUUUAUGCAUGUUUUGGAGGUUGUUAUCUGAUGUUGAGGAAGAUUCAGCUGUCCAUCAGAUUUCGCUUGCUACCAUGUCAUCUCCCAAAUCUUUGGAAUCUCACGAAUGUGAUCCCAUUACAGAACAUGUGACCUCCCAGAGUUCCCCUGUUAUAAACAGGAAUGGAGGUCAUUCCAAGAAUCUUAAAAACAGGUUGAGUGAAUUGGAUAUGUGCAGUGAUUCCUGUGGUGAAAUUGAGCUGAAGAAACCAGUCCUUUCAAAGAAGGAGGCAACUGAUAAUAUGUUUUCUGAAAUAGGAGAGCAAAAGGAGGAAAGUUUUGCAAGGGGUGGAGUACAAGGGACCAUGGAGAUGAUGACUGAUUUAGAGUCCGGGCCGCAACAGUCCACCGAAGAAAGUAAAGGCCAGCUGAAUAGAUGGAAGAGACUGUGUAUUUACCUUGGUACUGUUGGAAUGCUGGUUGCUUUUCUAAUGGGUUUGGACAUGUCUUGGACUGCACUCACAACAGCCCUCAUUUUUGUGAUUCUUGAUUUCAAAGAUGCAGGGCCUUGCCUAGAGAAGGUUUCAUACUCUCUUCUGGUAUUCUUUUGUGGAAUGUUUAUCACGGUUGAUGGCUUCAAUAAAACAGGAAUUCCUGGCAGUCUCUGGAGCUUGAUGGAGCCUCAUGCACGGAUCGAUCAUGCUAGUGGGAUUGCUGUGCUGGCCAUUGUAAUACUUCUUCUCUCAAAUGUUGCUUCGAAUGUACCAACUGUUCUUUUGCUUGGAGCAAAGGUAGCUGCUUCUGCCAUUGCAAUAUCUCCUAGUAAAGAGAAGAAAGCUUGGCUCAUCCUGGCAUGGGUUAGCACAGUUGCUGGAAACCUUUCGCUAUUGGGUUCUGCCGCAAACAUAAUUGUGUGUGAACAGGCCCUUCGUGCCAAACCUAGUUACAAUAUCACCUUUUGGAGCCAUUUGAAGUUUGGUUUUACAUCCACGCUUAUUGUCACUACUAUUGGCUUAGCUAUUGUUUAUUGCUAUGAUGUUUGAAGGGCCUAUUUAAAUUGGGCUCUUCUUUAGGCUCUGGAUCUUUAUAGUGUUCUAGACCCCUUUGCUUGUAAUUGGGUUUUUAAGAACAUGUCACUUUAACUCAUAUUUCCAAAGAUAGAAUUAUGUUUUUCUUU